AUGGGCUAAUACUGGGCCAAAUGUGUUCAGAGAUCCAAAUAAUAAAAAACAGAGACGGUAAAACCCUACAAAAACUUCUAGGGUUACAAACUAAAUUGGCUCGAGUGUUUUGAUUCAGCUUCAAAGCCCUAACUCUGAAUCGUCGUCCUCAAACCAAAAUCGCGAGUCUCUGAAGUAAGAAGAUUGAUUCAUCUAUGGCGGAUGUUGAGAAUCAACAGGAUUCUUCGUUUCCUGUGAAGCGAAAAUCGGAUCUGUUUUGUCAAGACCAGGAUAAUGUGACAAACAAGGCUCAGAAGCUUAAUCCUUCAUUGAAUUCUGCUGAUUCUGAGUCCAAAGACGGAGAAACUAAUGGAAGUGGCCAAAUCGAGAAUCUGAAUUCUUCCACCGAGGAAACGAUUGGAGCAGAAUCAUCGGUUUUAUCGGAGAAAGCAGCUGAAGAGGUUGAGAGUGGCGUAAUCGGCGAUGUUGGAGCUGAAGAGGAGCAAGAGGAUGAAGAAGAUGAAGAGGAAGACGACGAGGAAGAAGAAGAAGAAGAAGAAGUUGUUGAUAGGAAAGGUAAAGGGAUUUCGCGAGAGGAUAAGGGAAAGGGAAAAAUGAUCGAAGUGGAAGAAAGUGAUGAUGAAGACGACAGUGAUGAUGAUGAAGAUGACGAAGGUUUUGAUGAAGACGACGAAAGCGAUUUCUCCGAUGAUCCUUUGGCUGAGGUUGAUUUGGAUAAUAUCCUUCCGUCGAGGACUAGGAGAAGAUCGAGCCAGCCUGGAGUUUUCAUCCCCAAUGAAUUCAGUAACCGCCAUGUCAACGACGAGGAUGAUGAAAGCAGUGAUAGUGAUGCUUAAAGACCUUAGCUUGUAAGAGGUUAGUGAUUAAGAUAACUGAGAAUUAGUUCCUUUGAUUCUAAAAGAGAGUUUGUCACUGUUCAGUGAUUAUUAGUUAUAUCUAUUGAUGUUUCAAACGCUUGGACCAAAGUGGGCUUUAUAUAUAUCUAUGAUGUUCUUGCAA